AUGGCGAAAGUCAUUUUCACCCCAUGGAAGGAACAUUCCCAGCUCCUCGCUGUGCGAGAUCAGUUUUACCCUCCGCUAACCUAUGACGGCCCCGAUCUGCGGUCCAAGGCGUGCGCUACGAUAUCCGUCUGGAAGAUCCGCGGAAACCUCCCUCACGCAGUGGAGGCGACGGCCCUGCUCACAGAUGCUAUCUUGCACGACGAUGCGCAGAAAAACUCCGUCUUUUCCAUCCGCGCCACCUAUUCGGCCGCGUUUUGUCGGUUCGUGACGGGCCUGGUGGACUCGAAACUCCACGGCCAGCGUAAGACCAUGUUCCAGCGCGCCGUGGACCUGGGUCUACCCGCCUCGUUCGUGGAACUGCGACACGAGGCGACGCAUCGCGAGUUGCCGUCCCUGACGGUGCUGCGGAACGCGACGCAGCGCUCGCUCGAGUGGCUCUGGGACUAUUACUGGGCCAAGACGGAUGUCGCCACGGUGCUGGGCCCGGACGCGCUGACUGCCCCGACGGAUGGGGUGGACGCCGACGAUGCGGAUGACCUGGAGCCUGUGACGGCAGUCGUCAGGCGGUGUCUGGAGCCGCUGCUCGGGGACGGUGGGGAGACGACGGAACCGCCGCGGAAGAAGCGCAAGGUGCAGCAGCAGCAGGCGUCGGUCGCGACGCAGUUGGUCUCGGUGUGCAAGAGCUGCGGUAAGGGGGGCGUUGCGCUGGCGAGGGUGCUCCUGGAGGAGGCAGUUCUGGUGCCGUCCGGACGUGGGCUUGGGAGUCCCCUGGCGGACGAGUUUGCGAAAUGGGACCGAUUCUUGCAGAGUAUUGCAGAGGGGUAUCCGCCAUUUGUGCCCGCCUUGUUGGAGGGGAUGGUCGAUGCGCUGGCGUACGAGGCCCCGUCCCAAGAUGCGAAGAACGAUGCGCGCUGCGAGGGGAUCUAUCUGUGGCUGGACCAUAUUCUUAGAUCGUCGGAUUGGGAGUCUCGACGGUGGUUGCUUCCGCGUGCAUAUUUGAAGUCAGUCUGUGAGGGGGCUACGAAUCACUGGACGGCGCUGUUGAAGGAGACGUUAUGCAAUCUGGAUGAUGGUCUGCCGCGACUGGUCGACUUGGAUCGGUCGAUGGAGACAGAGAUGGUUACGGAGGCAUUGAAGGAGGAUGUCGACUUGAAGGCGUUUGGAUCACUCCGAAGUACAACCAUCUCACCCCGCAUCGCUCAGCUGCAAGCUCCCUCUCCCCAUGAGCUUCCUCGCAAGAAACAUUCGACCGUCGAUUGUAACCCGCUCCCGAUUUACCCUGUCUUCUACACGAGUGUCGCAGUCCAGAAAGAUGCAUAUCCAGUCGAUUCCCAUGUGUACGUCAACCAACAUACCUGUAGCGUGGUGCGUUUGCUCACUUCCAAAGGGACCGGGAAGGGCAACAACUAUGCCUACCUGGUGACGGACGAACCGACCAAGAAGUCGGUGAUCAUUGACCCUGCUAAUCCGCCCGAGGUCGCCCCGGAAUUGCAAUCGCAAAUCAAGGCGGGCAAGAUUGAUCUCACGGCGAUCGUGAACACCCACCAUCACUGGGACCACGCCGGCGGCAACAACGAAAUGCUCAAAACCUUCGGCCAACUCCCCGUCAUCGGUGGAGCAAACUGCCAGUCUGUCACUAAGACUCCUGCGCACGGGGAGACGUUCACCAUCGGUGAACGCAUCUCCGUCAAAGCCCUUCACACCCCCUGCCACACUCAAGAUAGCAUCUGCUACUUCAUGCAGGAUGGCGACGAGCGGGUGGUCUUCACCGGCGACACCCUGUUCAUUGGGGGCUGUGGUCGCUUCUUCGAGGGUACGGCUCCCGAGAUGCACAAGGCGUUGAACGAGACGCUUGCGUCUCUGCCGGAUGACACUAAGGUUUAUCCUGGCCACGAGUACACAAAGGGCAAUGUCAAGUUCUGUCUCGCUGUUUCCCAGUCGGAGCCUAUUAAGAAACUUGCGGCAUUCGCCGAGCAGAACCAACAGACCCAGGGCAAAUUCACCAUUGGAGAUGAGAAGCUCCAUAAUGUGUUCAUGCGGGUUAAUGACCCCGAGAUCCAGCAAAAGACGGGCAAGACGGACCCGGUGGAGGUGAUGGCAGCUCUGCGGGAGAUGAAGAACGCUAUGUAA